AUGGCUUCUGGACCAAUCAUCAAGUCGAUAGAGCCCUUACACGUCGGUCAAUUCCUGUUCGUCCGCAUCGAGACCGACAGCAAUAUUGUCGGAUGGGGAGAGGGCGGAGUUUGGGGUCACAUUGAGGCCGCAGCAACGGCUGUCACGCGUUUUGCCGAAUAUCUGGUUGGCAAGCCUGCAUUCACCAUUGAGCAUCACUGGAAUGUGAUGCAUCGAUUCAGCUAUUUCCAAGGUCUAGCCAUCAAUGCCGCCAUCUCCGGAAUUGACAUCGCGCUUUGGGAUAUCAAGGGCAAAGCACUGGGUGUCCCAAUCUACGAGCUGCUGGGAGGUGCGUGUCGUACAAAAGCUCGGGUCUACGGACACAUCUACGAGAAGACCAUCGAGGGUGUCUUGGAAGAGUGCAAGCGAAAGAUGGACAUGGGCUAUACUGCUUUUGGUCACAUCAAUCCCUUCCUCGACGAAGGCAACGACCAGGUCUACUUCAAGACCCACGUCAAGAAAAUGCAAGAUGCGGCCGAGAACGUCCAUAAAAUGCGCGCUGUCGUAGGAGACAAGGUUGAUCUGCUCAUCGAGUUGCACCGUCGCCUGAGUCCGGCAGAGGCCGUCACAUUCACCAACCUCAUCAAGGAUGACAAUCCAAUGUUCGUCGAGGAUCCAAUUCGCCCUGAGAAUGCCGAUGCAAUGGCUCGUGUCGCCGACCGGAUCGCGGUACCCAUAGCCACCGGCGAGCGAUUCUUCACAAUCUACGAGUUCCAGGCGUUGCUCAGCAGAAACGCUCUGGAAUAUGUACGUGUCGAUGUAGCAGUAUGUGGAGGAAUCACCGGAGCAAAGAAGGUCGCGGCCAUGGCAGAAGCCCACAACUGUCAAGUCGUUCCCCAUAAUCCACUCUCACCUGUUGGACUGGCAGCCUGCCUCCAGAUUGCUGCGGCUAUCCCGAACUUCGCCAUACAAGAGUAUGCUACUGGUUUUGAAGCUGGUGUCUUCACUUCGACCAUUGAACAUCUCGGUGCCAACAUUGUUGAUCAUGUACCCGAGGUAAAGGACGGCUUUGUAGACAUUCCCACCGGGCCAGGACUUGGAGUUAAUGUGCUUGAUAACGCUCAAUCAAUCCGCGCCCCUUUUGUCCAGCCGAUCAGCAUGAGGCUUCACAAAGAUGGGUUCGUUGUAGACCAGUAG